AAAAUGUGUGUAUUUUUGUGUGACACACGCUUAAAUGAUUUAUAUGUUUAGUUGAGACAAUACAAAACUUCUCCUAUAUAUUCAAUUUUAAAUACAAGAAACCAAUACAAACAACAUAGCCACACUGUCUCUUUUGUUGUCUCUGCUAUCAUUCUUCACACUUUAUAACUUACAAUCUUCUUCUCCAUUUUCAUUCUUCACAACUUCUGCAAAAAAUGGCUUUCUCUACUUCCUUCCUUAAACCAAACCAUUCUAUUCUUUUAUCUCAGAAAUACAAACUUCCAACUCAAAACCGUGGUUGCAGAAACCAGUUUUGUGUAAAGGCUUCAUCAAGUGAUGGAGAAAGGACUAUUAUAAGGAAAGAAAAAGAUGAAUGGAAAAUCAAUUUCUCGGCGGAAAAACCAGCAACACCGUUAUUGGAUACAAUUAAUUAUCCAGUUCAUAUGAAGAAUCUGUCCACACAGGAUCUAGAACAAUUGGCAGCAGAACUAAGAGCAGACAUUGUCCAUAGUGUGUCAAACACUGGAGGGCAUCUUAGCUCAAGUUUAGGAGUGGUGGAGUUAUCAGUGGCUCUCCAUCAUGUUUUCAACACUCCUGAUGAUAAGAUCAUAUGGGAUGUUGGCCAUCAGGCAUAUGCACACAAGAUUCUCACAGGCAGAAGGUCAAGGAUGCACACCAUUAGAAAGACAUCAGGACUAGCAGGUUUUCCCAAAAGGGAUGAGAGUGUUCAUGAUGCUUUUGGUGUAGGCCACAGUUCUACAAGUAUAUCAGCUGGUCUUGGUAUGGCAGUUGGAAGGGAUCUAUUGGGAAAGAACAACAGUGUGAUUUCAGUGAUUGGAGAUGGAGCAAUGACUGCAGGCCAAGCUUAUGAAGCCAUGAACAAUGCAGGAUUCCUUGAUGCUAAUUUGAUUGUUGUUCUUAAUGACAACAAGCAAGUUUCUUUACCAACUGCCACACUUGAUGGCCCUGCAACACCAGUUGGAGCCCUCAGCAGUACUUUAAGCAAAAUUCAAGCAAGCACACAAUUCCGCAAACUUAGAGAAGCCGCGAAAAGCAUCACAAAGCAAAUAGGAGGACAAACACACCAAGUUGCAUCAAAAGUAGAUAAGUAUGCAAGAGAUUUCAUUAGUGGUUCUGGGUCUUCAAUCUUUGAGGAACUUGGUUUAUACUACAUUGGUCCUGUUGAUGGUCAUAACGUUGAAGAUCUAGUCACAAUUUUUGAAAAAGUGAAAUCAAUGCCAGCCCCGGGUCCGGUUUUGAUUCAUAUUGUGACAGAAAAAGGAAAGGGAUACCCUCCAGCUGAAGCAGCAGCUGAUAAAAUGCAUGGUGUUGUCAAGUUUGAUCCAAAAACAGGCAACCAGUUCAAGCCAAAACCCUCUACACUUUCAUACACACAAUACUUUGCUGAAUCAUUGAUUAAGGAAGCUGAGGCGGACAGUAAGAUAGUUGCCAUUCAUGCAGCAAUGGGUGGUGGAACUGGCCUAAAUUAUUUCCAGAAAAAGUUUCCAGAGCGGUGUUUUGAUGUUGGGAUAGCCGAACAGCAUGCUGUUACAUUUGCAGCAGGCUUAGCUGCUGAAGGCCUCAAGCCAUUUUGUACUAUUUAUUCAUCAUUCCUACAACGCGGAUACGAUCAGGUAGUUCAUGACGUUGAUCUCCAAAAACUACCUGUUCGAUUUGCAAUGGAUAGAGCUGGUUUAGUUGGUGCAGAUGGACCAACUCAUUGUGGAGCAUUUGAUAUCACUUACAUGGCUUGCUUGCCAAACAUGAUUGUUAUGGCUCCAUCCGAUGAAGCUGAAUUAAUGCACAUGGUUGCAACUGCAGCAGCUAUAGAUGAUAGACCAAGUUGCUUUCGAUUUCCAAGGGGAAAUGGAAUUGGUGCCAAUCUUCCCCUCAAUAACAAAGGAACCCCACUUGAGAUUGGAAAAGGUAGAAUUCUGAUAGAAGGAAGCAGAGUUGCGAUUUUGGGAUAUGGUUGUAUGGUUCAGCAAUGCAUGAAAGCAGCAGAAAUGCUUAGAGCAGUAGGGGUUUAUGUGACAGUUGCUGAUGCUAGGUUUUGCAAACCUUUGGAUACUAAUCUCGUUAGGCUUCUAGCUAAAGAGCAUGAAAUACUCAUCACAGUGGAAGAGGGUUCUAUUGGUGGUUUUGGAUCACAUGUUUCGCAAUUCUUAAGCUUAGCUGGUCUCCUUGAUGGACCACUUAAGUUGAGAGCAAUGAUGCUUCCUGAUAGGUACAUUGACCAUGGAUCACCCAAUGAUCAGAUUGAUGAAGCAGGCCUUUCAUCAAAGCAUAUUCUUGGCACAGUCUUAUCCCUUUUAGAAAUGCCAAAAGAAGCUCUUUUGUUCAAAUAAAAGCACAAACCUUAAACUUAGAAGACUCCAAUUAGCAUUGUGGUUGAGAGGAAAUUGUAAAUAACUACAGUUGUAUUUAUAUGAUAUGGGGGUCAUAUUUUAUAGUUUUAGGAACUUAGGAGCAUGAAUCACAUUCAAAAAGAUGAAUUUAUUCUUGUAACAUAUUCUUAAGAACAUCUCAAGAUAUGUGUCAGACACUCUCGAACACAUCACAUCACAAAGAAGAAAUUCUUUUGACUGCAUCGUACGAGAGGACGCAGCCACAUGUGUAUGGAUUGCAAUGAGUAUGUAUAGGUGUACUACAUUAUCUGUCACUAUAUCCGCAAUUUGUAAAAAUAUUCCGACCAUAUAUUACAGUGACAUGACAUGUAAAGUGCUAGUCAUGUUUGGGUUCA